AUGCAUUUCGCAAACUUCAACGACAACGUCGCUCCUCAAGAAGGCCCCGGUGACGACGAGGCCUUCGGGGAGGGUGAGUGGCCGUUCGGUGGCCACGGCGAGCCGGACGACUACGCGGGCGAGUAUUCCUUCGGCGGGCCCGCAGAUGCCUUACCCCCAGUACCAGGCCUAUUUAUUGAUGGGGUGGGGACGCUUUCAGUCCCUCUGAGCAAUGCACAAGCCGAGGAGCUCGUUGCCCAGUGCGAGAAGUCCCCCUUUGGCCGACGACUCGACACCUUGAUGGAUGAAAGUGUGCGCAAGAGCUGGCAGCUUCCACCGGAUCAAAUUACGUUCCAGAAUCCGCAAUGGCAAGCGGGAGUUGAGGAGUUGAGUGAGAUUAUUGCCGGUCGAUUCGGCUACAAGGGGGUUCCGAUGCAGUGCAAGCUCUACAAGUUGCUGGUGUACGGUGAAGGAGGUCAUUUCGUGAAGCACCAAGAUACGGAGAAGGAGGACGGAAUGGUGGCGACGUUGGUGUCGGAUGGGAUGGCGGCAUUCGUUCCUUACUAUGCAGUGCACUAUGCCGACGCGGAGCAUGCACUGGAGAAGGAGCAACGACCAAUCCUUGAGCGACGAUAUGGCGGCAUCAUUGGUAGCAUGGGGAAUGAGAAUGAGGAUUCCUCGUUCGCGUUGAUGCUCUCUCACGAGUACACGGAGCGAAGCAUUGAAGGACUCGGUGCGCGCGGACUGAAGAGUGUUGAUCGAGCGCGCUUUCGUGCGCUCCGGCAAGCGAACGCUGUUGCUGCCCAGGACAAGAAACUGGAGUUUGCCAUCGGGAAGCUGGCCUUUACCGCGUUUUGA